GUAAAAUCUCCGCAUCUCUCUUCCAGUACGUUGCCUAUUGCUCUACACCACCCUGCCAAGGUUUCAGCUCUUUCAGGCCUUUCACAUUUUGUCCUACUCUCCGGUGGUGUGGUGGCAGCAUUUAAUUGGGUUGUCGAAGGGUUGAGAUGACAUCUGAGAAAGCAGGGUCGUAUGCUUCUUCUGCCGAGAGUCAAAAUCAAUGGCCUCCAACACCAAAAAGAAGAAGCUUCAGCUUCAGCUUCAGCAACAGCAGCUCCAAGCCUCCCUGGCUCGUGUCCACCCUUGCUGAUUUGGACGAAAGGAUGAAGACAAUGGCAAUAAAGAUCGGUGAAGACGACCACACUAGCGACACCUUCGGGGAACGCGCCCAAUCUUACUAUCAAAAACGACCUCACCUUCUGGCCCUGCUCCAAGACCUCUACAAUGGCUACAUCACCUUAUCUGACCGUUACAUUCAAACAUUGGCCAAACAACAUCAUCAACAUCAUCAUCGCAGACACUCAUCCCAAUUCUCUGCCGUCGAUCAUGAUUACUGUGAACAGGAAUACCAGAUUGAUUCGGACGCCGACAGCUCCCUCUCUUACCAGCAACCUCAAACAAUGGUUGCCUACAAUGGCACUGUACUGGUUGGCGAUGAUAUUGUUGCUGACCUGGUGAUCAAGAACGUUGAGUACGAUAUACUGGUGCAUGAAACCACCGUCAUGGAGCGGCACUACAGCGAAUCGUCGAGAAAGAUAGGGUUGCAGAAGAGUUUGCUGGAGGUGCUGGAGUCCGAGAGGCUCAUACUAUUAAACGACAACGCAAAGCUGGGGUACAGAGUGACGGCGUUGGUGGAAGAGAACAAAGGGUUGGCGUCGGAGUCGAUGUUCAUGAAGAGGAAGGCGAGUGAGCUGGCAAGAUGUGUGCUGAAGAUGAGGGAGGAUCAUAGGGUGUACAUGCUCAACCGUAAGAUCGAGGAUCUCCAGGGGCAGAUUUAUGGGUUGGAGAAGAGGAACAAGGAGUACUCUGAGCAGCUUGUGAGAGGAGACCAACGUUUUGAAGAAGAGAAGAAGAAGAAUGGUGAUGAUGACGUUGCCUUGCAUGGUUGCUUUAAAAUGGAGAAGCUCGGUCGGAGGUUGAAGAAGAAGGCUAGUAAUGGUCGGAAUGGGCAGGGUGGUGGUGGGAAGAGGGGAGAUGGAUGGUGGGAAAGGGUGAUGACCAUGGAUUUGUUUCCGUGUGGGCUUAGCCGAGGUUGCACUUCAUGAUAUUUUGUCUUAUACCCAAACUACUACUAGACUAGACUAGCAUUUGGGAGAUAUUUAUAUUAUUUUUACUUUUUGUUUA